CGUCGUCGUCGUCGUCGUCGUCGUCGUCGUCCCGGUGUUCGAGCAGCGCCGCGGCGGUUCCCCUCUAUUGAUCGAAUUUGACCUGCGAAGUUUCCCCUAGCGCGUGUGUGCAGUAUAGUGGCGGCCGGCAGUGCUUCUUUCGCGCUCGCGUUUCCGAGUUCGGUAGUGCGGUUAAAUCGUGAGCAGCCUCGGUAUGUCUUUGCCAACGGCUUGCACGCGGUUCAGUGAUAACUACGACUUGAAGGAGGAACUCGGCAAAGGUGCCUUCUCCGUGGUUCGACGAUGUGUGCAAAAGAGUACCGGUCAUGAGUUUGCUGCAAAAAUCAUAAACACCAAAAAACUCUCCAACAGAGAUUUCCAAAAGCUUGAACGUGAGGCGCGGAUAUGUAGAAAACUGCAGCAUCCAAAUAUCGUGAGAUUACAUGACAGUAUACAAGAGGAGAAUUUCCAUUAUCUCGUCUUUGAUCUAGUCACCGGCGGAGAACUGUUUGAGGACAUCGUCGCCCGGGAAUUCUACAGCGAGGCCGACGCCUCGCACUGUAUUCAACAAAUCCUGGAAAGCGUUCACCACUGCCACCAUAAUGGAGUUGUGCACCGGGAUCUGAAACCCGAAAAUUUACUCCUCGCGAGCAAGGCGAAAGGGGCGGCUGUGAAAUUAGCGGAUUUUGGUCUGGCGAUCGAGGUGCAGGGUGAAGCACAGGCAUGGUAUGGUUUCGCUGGAACACCCGGCUACCUCAGCCCGGAGGUGCUGAAGAAGGAACCGUACGGGAAGCCAGUCGACAUAUGGGCGUGCGGUGUCAUACUGUACAUCCUCCUGGUCGGUUACCCACCCUUCUGGGACGAAGAUCAGCAUCGGCUUUACGGACAGAUCAAGGCCGGAUCGUACGAUUAUCCGAGUCCAGAAUGGGACACUGUCACGCCGGAAGCUAAAAAUCUUAUCAAUCAAAUGCUGACGGUAAAUCCGGGAAAGAGGAUCACUGCUAGCGAGGCACUCAAGCAUCCAUGGAUCUGCCAACGUGAACGCGUUGCAUCUGUGGUGCACAGACAAGAGACUGUAGACUGCUUGAAGAAAUUCAAUGCAAGGCGCAAGUUAAAGGGCGCUAUAUUGACGACUAUGCUGGCGACGCGGAACUUUUCCAGUAAGUAUGAUGCACAGGGUCGAAGCAUAAUCACGAAGAAGGGUGAUGGCUCUCAAGUGAAGGAAUCCACCGAUAGCAGCACAACGAUCGAAGACGAUGAUGUUAAAGAGGAUAAGAAGGGCGGCGUCGACCGGAGCAGCACGGUCAUUGCUAAAGAACCCGAAGGUACACCCCCGAGCAGCCCCGCGACAAUGUCCGCGUUCUCCAAGGCGGUCGGUGCGGCCACAACGAGCAUGGCGAACAACAAGCAGGCGCCGAACCAGGCCCAGUCCCAGACCCAGCCUCAGAUUCAAAGUACAGUCAACCCCCUUGGAAUUGCCGCGGUUCUUCUUCAAGGGGCCCAAGCUGGCAGCACAGGAGGCAGUAGCAGCAGCGGUAGCAGCAACAACAGCCAGACCAGUCAGGCCAGCGCGUCUUCAUCGUCGCCGACCAGCGUCAGCUACCAGGUCAACGGCAACAACGGGCCGAAGGCAUCGCGACAUCAGGAAUCCUCGGCCACCGCACGCCGACAGGAAAUCAUAAAGAUGACCGAGCAAUUGAUCGAAAGCAUCAACACUGGAGACUUCGAGGCGUAUACGAAGAUCUGUGAUCCACACCUGACCGCGUUCGAGCCGGAAGCUCUAGGUAAUUUAGUCGAGGGAAUGGAUUUCCACAAAUUUUACUUUGAUAAUGCAGUCCUGGGGAAAAAUUGUAAGGCUGUCAAUACGACGAUUCUGAAUCCUCAUGUCCAUCUGCUCGGCGAGGACGCUGCUUGCAUCGCGUACGUCAGGCUGACGCAGUACAUGGACAAACAAGGCGUAGCGCAUACUCAACAAAGCGAAGAGAGCCGCGUAUGGCACAAGAGGGACAACAAGUGGCAGAAUGUGCAUUUCCAUCGAAGCGCGGUAACGGGCCCAUCUCCGUUCUCCUUCAACCACAAAUAAAUCGGCCAAGAGGACUGGUCCUGUCGCCGUCGCUGCCGCUCUCGAUGAACGCUCCUUCGAAUAUGCGACAAAGCGCGAAUGAAUUAACGAACGUUAGGAAUACGGAGCACAAUGUAUUCGGGCAGCCUCAUGUAACACGUAUAUAUACACACACGAAACACGUACACAUAAAGGCGGGAUUACAAGGAGAAUAGGCAACGAUAUAAACGCGGCAUUUGAAACCGAGAACGGUACACAUGUAUACAAGACACAUUUACAUAUAUACACUUAAAGGUAGUAUCAAGCGCGACAAAAACCAAACCCGCAAGAUAUGGCGUAACCGCGCCGGCAUGUAUUACUCGCUCCAGUACCUGCUCAGCGUACUUACUACCUAUAUUUACGCGUGCACCGCGCCACGUGUGCCUCAGAGCGUCGACGAGGAAACCACGCGCGCGAAAUCAAUGAGCGAUCAUCGGAAGCGCGAGAAAAGAGAGCAGGGUUGAUCGGUCGAUCGGUUGUUUGACGAAUACCGAGGUAGAUGUAUUCUUAUCCAUCCUCGGCUAACGAACGGGAUCGCAACAAUGAGAAAGAGAGAGAGAGAGAGAGAGAGAGAGAGAGAGAGAGGAGGAG